AUGGUCUCAUUCCGCAACCUCUUUACUGCCGCCGUGGCCCUCUCCGUGCCCAUUGCCGCUCAGACAACGCCCGCUCAGGUUGUCAGCAACAUCCAGAUGCUGACACAGAAGAGCCAGGCACUUCAGACACCAGCUCAGCAAAUCAGCAUCAUCAACGGUCCGUUGAUUCUUAUUGGUCAAGGACCUUUCCCGCAGAUCAUCAUUGGCUUCACCGACAUUGUGACCACAGCCACAACUGCUCUCGCCCAGAUGCAGGGUAUGCCUCCAGUUCCGGCUGGUGAGCAGUCUGAUGCUAUCUUCAACGCGUUCCGCGAAUUUGUCCGUGUCCAUCAAGCUCUGCUUAACAUACUCAUUGGAAAGGCUGGAUUGUUCCAAACAGUUCCUUUCAUUGGCCAGCCCGUAGCAUCUGUGCUCAGAUCAGUCGAGGGUGUUGUUGAUACUAUCGCAUUCGGGCUGAUCGAUACCGUUCAGUCACGCGCUUCUGACCUCCAGAGCCAAGCCAACUCCCUGAGUGGAACUUUGCAGGUUUGCAUCAACAGCUACGAUGGUCUUUCACUCACCAGGGCCAAACGCACUCUUAGGUUUGCGCGCCGUGAGGUCGCUGCCGCUGCUUAG